GACUUGUUGUGUUAUUGCUAUUUGUAAGGUUGUGUUGUGUACAGAAGAUACUGAGAUACAACUUAAUUCUCCACCCCUGAUGGAUAGUAACAAGCCGUGCUUUACGUUGAAGAAUGAGCGAUAAGUACAAGCUAGGGGAAGGAAGCCUGAAACAAAAGGAUCUUCCUAUAGUUCUACGCAUUAAUCGUCUUGAACCAGGAGGAGAGCAAUCUUCAAGAGCGAAACAGGUACCCACAGAAAUCCCACUCAACAAGUCAGCAAGCAAAUCCGAGGAUAGUCUGGACAGUGGCAUCUACUCAAGGCAAAAGUCGUGCGAUUCGAUGGAUAGUUUAGACAGCACGGAAAGUAGUGGGUUUAAUGGGGACAACUCCACUGGUUAUCACCAAGUUGCACUCACCCCCACUGAUGAAGCUAUUCCUCCGUUACCCAUACAACAAUAUGAAGACUAUUGGAGGGAAUAUCAAGACAUUCGGCAGAGUGCUGUGAUUUUAAGUGAAGAAACAAAACAGACAGUCUCAAGAACUGACUCUGGAGAUGAUCAAGAUGACGAUGGUGAAGCUGACUGGUUAAGACUGGCUGGCUUGUCUGAUCUGGUUGUAACCGGUUCAACAGGAAUGAUGGCUUCCAACCAAACCCCAUCUUCUUCAUCUAACCGACCAUCUAUGGAUAACUUAUCCUCUAUGACUGUUCUAUCAACCCUUACAAGACCACAACGUGAAGCAGUGCUUCGUAGAAUCACUUCGUUUAAUCGAGCUCAGAAAACUAAGAGGCGUCCCAAACCAGCCAUUACUGCUGUGUUUCCAACCAUUGAAACGGAGACAAAAGAGGAGCCAGAUGGUCCUCACUCUACUGCUGAUAAACCUGCGGAUGCUAGAAAAAAUGAUGACCCAAAUUUAAAGGCUGCCAGCCUUCCAAGAGGGGUCACGGGGUUUUCCGAUUCUGGGUUUUACGCUGGUCGGAGAUAUUCUGAGACCCCCAAAACCCGUAAAACAUCUGGGUCAAACUCGCCUGUUAGUCCAACAAGCCCCACCAAAGAUUACAGGAGUCGACACCAGAAAAACGUUGAAUCAAUUGUAGCAACUGAAUCUACAAAAGUCAGUAGUCCUGAACCCACACCCAGGACUAAUGUGGAUAUCACGACGUUACUCCCAGUCACACGUAUCCCGUUACUUGUAGCCAACACCCUUGCAACAUCAUGUGUAUCAACCUCUAUGCCAGACUUAAACCAAGAAACUCAGCACAACUCCCCAACAGUGAGCAUCACUCAAGCUAUCAGUUCCUCCCAUAUCAAUGACAGCUCGGAGUCCCUUCCUAUUAUCAGUGAUUUUCCAACCAACCAAACCCCAAGAGCGCAGCACUCUAUGAGCGAUAUACCAUCUAGAGUGAUAAUUCCACCCGACAGUCCUGCCCGGCUUUCUCUGACGGUCAGCAAACCUCCAACCUCUCCAAAUUUAACAGUUCCUGUCAUCUCGGUUACCAACCCUCGAAUGAGAUCGACUGUCCCUCUCACAAGAGCCCCUAGGUCGCUCCGAUAUUCUGCCCCUAUUACAGUCGAAUCUCAGCUCUCACAUGAAACUUCGCCGACAGACACUUCAACGUCCCCCAAAAGCCGCUUCUUUUUACCUCAAGGCUUCAAUUUCUCGUUACGCCGACGUCACCCAAGUACAUCCCCCUCAAAAGGUGGCUCGCAGUCAAAAGGCUCCCUGCGCGAGUCAAAACGCUCACCUCUACGCAAAAUCUCCCUGUCCAGUUUCAAGGGGUCACCGGUACGAACCGGUUCCUACCAGUUUGGAUCAUCUCCAUCCAGCAUCAGCAGCUACCGUCCGUCUCUUCGGCGUGCGCGGUCCCUCAAAGCCACCGACGAGCGAUCUGUGAGCUUGGUCUCGGUCAAACCAUCGGGAAAUGGUUCGGAACUCAAUUACAUCACCCCAGCAAGCAUUGAAACUUUGAGCAUCAGCACAAGAUCUGCAGAUAGCAAAUCAUGGGGUGGAAGCCGGGAAGAUAUUCCACAGUUUAAUGAUGAUAAACAGGACAAAAACAUGAGCUAUAGCGAAACAGCAGACAAGCAAAAUCUACCCAACUUUUCGCUUGUUAGAGAACCGCUUGGUAUCACUAAAAUCAGUGACCUUUCGCCCACGGACAUGCGUAAAGUUCAGAGCCUUGCUCUGAUUGAGCUAACCGCCUUAUUUGACCUGCGAGGAAUCGAACUCAAAAGGAGAAAAGCAAAAGCAAAAAUAAAAGAUGCUGGUGUGUUUGGUUCCCCUCUUACAACUUUAAUCGAAUGGGAUCGAAAACGAACAAACUUACCAACCAUUAAAAUACCGCAAGUUCUGAGGGAAAUCAUCAUUUUUCUGGAGGCAAAAGCUUUGAAAGAUGAAGGAAUUUUAAGAAAGUCUGGCUCAGCUGCACGAAUCAAGCUGCUUAAACAGGAUAUUGAGAACAGAUUUGGUCCGAACCCGGAUACAUCUGCUAUAGCGGAGUCGUCACUGUGGCGUGACGCCCACCCACACGACGUUGCCGCAUUACUUAAACUCUUUCUACGUGAGUUACCCGACCCAUUGCUCACCACUGAGUACAUUGAUGCUUUUCAUUCGUGCGAAAUGAUUUCUGAGCGAAAAGAACAACUUCAGGCUCUUAACCUUCUGAUCAUCCUCCUUCACGAGAUGCAUCGAGACUCUCUUCAGUUCCUCCUUAGUUUCCUGGGGCUCGUAGUGGCAAACGAGCCGUACAACAAAAUGGGCCUGAACAACGUAGCAAUGAUUACUGCGCCCAAUUUAUUCAUGGCUCGCAAGCAAAGCAAGAGAGAAGCAUCUACCACAGCAGCCUCCCAGGACUUAAAACGUGCAGCAGGCACCUCUAAUAUUGUGAGAAUGCUGAUAAAAUAUCAUCGUUUAUUGUGGACUGUGCCCGCUUUCAUGCUAACACAGGUUCGUCACAUGCAUCGAGCUGAAACAAGUGCAAAGAAACACACAACACAAUCCAAGGAUAAGUACAAGGUGAAGUUCUUUCAAGGCAAAACUAAAGACGGAAACAAGAAAUCUUCAUCAGCUAAACAACCUUUGGAAUAUGAAGCAGUGAAGGGAGUAAUACGAGUUCAAGCACCAGACAUGUUGAUUAGUUCAAUGGCGGUUCAACUUGAUAAUACAAUCACCGCAAGUGAUAUUAUAGCACGAUUUCAAAGACAAAGCGAGAGGAUUCGGCAGACAGGAAGCCAAACAAAACCAGUAGUAAUCAACAACACAACGCACGCAUUAUUCGAAGUUGGCGGAAACAUUCAUCAACGUUGUCUUGAUCCUGAUACCAACAUGAGUGCACUCAUGCGUGUCAACCCAGACGCUUCAUGGUUCAUCAAGCCCAGAACGGGCACGUAAUUUCGAAAUUAUAAUAUCCCUGUGUCUUCCCAUUGCAAUUAACACUGCUUCCUAUUAUAUGAUAUCUAUGUAGCAUCGUCUGUCACGCACCGUAGCGCCACUGUGUGGCCAAAUUUUCGGUGGUAGUAUCACGUACUUGUUCCAAAUAUUGUCCGACUUUGCAGUCCCCCGGCAAGCUGCAAUAGGCCAUUGGCACCCAGCCAACUGCAGUAUCCUACCAUUGUCCUGCGCUUUUAUCACGUACUUUUAUAUCACCGCGAUUGCUUGCGCAAGUUCGCGCUUUACGUUUUAACUUCAAUCACCGAACCCUUGUACCUUAUUGCAGCAUAAAGUCCCAUUGACCUCACACCAACAUUGUUCCAUAAUGUAACUCGUUUUUUAAUCGAAUUGCUUGCUUCUAAGUAAUCGAACAGAGCAAAUUCACGUUCCCACCCCGAACUUCCCCUACCGAGCUUUGAACCGGCAACCCUCCCCACUGUGAACCUACAAACGACAACAUUCCUUCGGUUGAACAUUUUAUGCGUCAGCUUCUUGCCCGAGAUUCCUUAUCGUUUCCUCCAUUACUUGCGUCUUCUUCAUCGUGUCGUUCUCUGUUCAUGGUUGAGUAACAGCGGGCUUGCAUUAGAACUUGCAUGUAUUGUGUAUCGUGUCGUAACAAACAGAACUUCGCACUUUGCUUCA